AUGCUUUCCGAAAAUGGACCCAACUCGACGGUCGAGUUUCCGGUAUCGUACCAUGGUGACCUCCAACCCGGAUCACCUGCGAUCGCCGUUACGGCAAGCGAGCGUAUAAGUAAACCACUGUCUCCGCGAAAGUUUUUCGAGCGUCUCUAUGGAGGAGCGUCGUUCAGGCCGUUCUUUGGUGUGGCUCCAGACGGCACCCAACUGCCGGCGGGAUUGUCUGCGUUUCUGGCCAGACGUCGAAAGAAGGAAGGACGACCGCGGCGUCAGCGCACGACGUUCAGCAGCGAGCAAACGUUAAGGCUUGAGGUUGAGUUUCACCGGAACGAGUACAUCUCGCGCGGUCGGCGGUUGGAGCUGGCCGAAGUGCUGAAGCUAUCCGAGACACAAAUUAAGAUAUGGUUCCAGAAUCGCCGGGCAAAGGACAAACGCAUUGAAAAGGCUCAAAUCGAUCAACAUUGUAGAGCUUUCGCCGCUGUAAAUGGGUUGCUUACACCGUUCAGUCCGCAAUAUCCGGCAUUAAUGGCGACGCAUCAACAAACACACCAACAUCAUAUCCACCUGCACAAUCAACCGCAGCAUGCGCAUCUACAGCAGCAACUGCAUCCUUCUCCCCUCGUAGGGAUGCCCUCGGCUACCGUGGAAAGUAGUGCUUCGGCUACCAACAAAGCUACAUGCAGCGCCCCGGAUGUUUCACCGAAACGACAUGAAGAAAACGACAUCGGUUUCAACAGGCAAAUACACAGAGCUACCGAAGAAAUAGUGUCUCAUCAGCGAACAGUUUUGCAAUGA